UAACAAUCGAUCCCAUCUGUCAGUAUCGGAUUUGUUAUGGUGUUGCAAUCAUUAUGAAAAUGUACUUUCCAAAAUAUGCCACAAACUUAAAAAUUGCCAGUGAUUUUCCUUAAUAACAAGCGACAGAUUAGUGACUCGAUUACAUCCACAAGCGAACUGCACCUGAGGUCUACGGAGCCCGAGUGAUGUUUAGACAUUUACUUUACAUGUCCGGACUAAGCUCUAGCUGCAAUAGAGACUGUUCUGGACGGGGAGAGUGUUGGAAUGGCACCUGUAUGUGCAAUAUCAGGUUUACGGGGGAGCUCUGUGAUGACCCCAACUUACCUUACCACACUGGAAUUGGUGGAGUGUUUUUCUUUAUAGCUUUGGUAUGUGCUGUACAGCUGAUUAUGUGUUGCAUCUCAGAAUAUCAGAGAUUGAAGGCCCCCACAUUUUUCAAGGCAUGCAAAAUCACCACUCAAAAAAUGAUUUAUUUGGUUAUUUUCCUGGCCAGUUUGAUUCGAGGGGCCUAUUUUAUUUUCCCGGAAUCCUUUGAAUACGGGUGGUCAAGCAGUUUAUUAUCCUCCUACUACCCACUUCUAAUGUCAAGUGCAUCUUUAAUUGUUUGCUUUUGGGCGGAGGUUUUCCACUUGCAAGGAAUCCGUUACGAAAAACCCCAGUUCAUAUCAAAGUCAUUUCUGGGAUUCAUCACCUUCAACAUAAUCUCUUACGGAUUACUAUUCGCCGAAUUUAUCACCACUCAACUGGCUGAGCCUCCGGCAGGCGAUCCAGGAUUCUACAAUCACCUUUUUAACGGCUGUUAUGCGGUGCUGAUGUUCAUUGUGGUUAUUUUUUUUUUAAUUUACGGCGUCGAGGUGUAUUUUAAGGUGAGAGGCGGAUUUGUAUCGAAACCUCUUCAGAUUGCCAACACAGCGCAGGAAUCUGAACCGCUGAAGAACGUAAACGACUUGAGGCCUCAGAUUAAUGUGUCUCAACUGCAUCAAUCCAGAAUUGGAUUGCUCAGUCAAGCUCUGAUGCUCAUUGUGAUAGCCGGCUUCCUAUUCUCCGAAACCCUAAGUGAAUUCUGGAAAACUAAGGUGCCCAUCAACUCAAGAAAUCUGCACGAUGUCAUAUUUAGAGUAGUCGAAAUCGGUGUAGCUAUAUGGUUUCCGGCUGUAUUGUGGAAUUGCAUGCAUCCAUCAGAAUUAUGGAUUUUGAACCCGAGAAAGCUUUUGGCUAAGUUCGACCAGCAGAAAGGUCCGGAAACCGAACUAUCACAAGUCGAUGGGAAAUCAACGGCCGGAUGCGAAGAUGACGAAGCUUUCCUGGACAAGCGAGAAUGCUGGAUUUGUUAUGAUGGGGACAAAUGCGAGCCCCUUAUUCAGCCCUGUGACUGUACCGGUGACGUGUCUAGUGUGCAUCACGAAUGUCUUAGAAGAUGGUUGAUGGAAAGCAGCUCCGCCUCUAACGAGCCCCUUCGUUGCAAGGUGUGCAAUUGCGAGUACGAGAUUUGCGAAAACAGCGAACUGAAGUGGGACAAGGGCUUCACCCCGAAACACUGGGGAAGCACCGCGAUGAUCGUCACUUUUAUGUGUGUGACGGUGGCGUGCGCCUGGAUACUGAUCCAAUUGUACGACAAUUCAUACAUUAGGAUGGUGGCGGCUAGUGUCGCUUUGAUCAUUAUUUAUGUGUGCAUUAGAUUUUUAGGGCAAAACACACUGAGCGCCUACCAAAGGGCAAAAGUAGCCGCCCUUAGUAUCGGCAACCAUGUGACCACCAUAAGCGGCAACGUGGAUCCGAAAGACCCCAGUGAUGGCCACGUGGCCCCGGCUGCCGAAGCUAGUCUUUAAGUCCUUUUCCUUUUUUUAUCUUGGAGGAUCUCUUCGUAUUUAUUUCGUUGUAUAUAUUUUACAAUUUAUUAACUUGGAUAGUUAUAUUCUUUGUAUUUUUGUUUGCAUUUGAUGCAGCCGGGUAGUUUAAAAAACCCAUUUUUUUUAUUUAUCACAUAAAUAAGCUCAAAAAACUGUUCUCUUUAGGAUGCAAACGUGUUAAAAUUAUAGUGUCAAAGUACUAAUGUAAUAUUAGGGUAAACUAGCAUGUAGGUUUGAUUGUUAGUUAAUUAUUAGGUACAUCACCACAAUAUAUAUAGGGCAGAAAUUAGAAAAGGGCAAGUUGGGCUUCUUCUAAGGAUGUUUUUGAUAAUUGACCCCUUUUUCAAUAAUGUGAUAUUGUUUCUAGAAAGACUGCGCGCGGUAUAUUUUUGAUAUUUUCAAUGAAAUUUGAAAGUUAAUAUUUCAACCCUUUUAGGCGAAAUUUCAAGGUUUGAAUAUCAACCAGUUUCAACUAAAAGUUCUGAAGUAAUCAUCUUCUUGAUGAACUAAUGGAUUUGUAAUGAGUCUAAUGAUUCCAGUAUUAUGUUUUGUUUGUAAGUAAUCGAACGUUUAGUUGGUCGAAAUUUGUGCGGUUUCGCGAAAGAACACAUGGUUUAGCCAAAAUCUUGACGUACUUUAUACAUAUAAGAACUAUAAGAACCGCUUUGUAUAUAAUUAAGCUUUAAAAAUCAAUAAAAGACAAGUAAAUAUUA